GUCCUGCUCGCCUGAUAUCAUUUGCAUUUCUCACACGCAUGACAGCGGAAUCUCAGAACCGCUUCCUUAUUUUAAGAUGUCGCUGUCGUUCCCUUUUUCUGAGACAGAGAGACAGGGCAAAGCUUCGGUUUGACCUCUCACCGCAUUUUCUGCGUGGCGUCGCUAUCUGCAACGGGUCUCUCGAUUGUGUCCUGUACAGUGCGCUUCUGAGGGGUCAUUAUCGCAAGAAAGUCAAACAUGAGGAAGAGAAACGGCAAGCAGGACAAACAACAACCGGAGCAAAAGACAAACCAGAAGAGAUUCACAGGCAGCGGGAAACCAGCCAAAAUGAAAACAUCUGCGGUCGGCCAGUCUAAGUCAGGCAGAGGCUGGCUGGGGUGGAUUAAACGGCUGUUCCUGGCGCUCCUUGUUGUCUAUGUCAGCGUGCCUUUCAUUAUCCGCCUCUUCCCAGCGCUGUUGGCCGAGGUGGUCUAUCUCAGUGCACUGAAAGCCCCGUUCUUCGUGGAUCUCCAGCGCCCCGAGGAUCUGCAGCUGAACCACACGGCAAACUUCUACCUCUCCCCCGAAGAGGGGAUCCGCCUCGGGGUCUGGCACACGGUGCCCGACAGCAGGUGGCAGGAAGCCCAGGGGGAGGGGCUUAGCUGGUACGAGUCGGCCCUCCGAGACCAAGCGCCCAUCAUCAUCUAUCUCCAUGGAAAUGGCGGCACCAGGGCUAUCGGUCACAGAGUGGAACUCAUAAAGGUGUUGAGCGCUGCUGGGUUCCACGUGUUAGCCCUGGAUUACAGAGGGUUUGGAGACUCGACGGGGGACCCCAGUGAGGAGGGCAUGACAACCGACGGUGUGUACCUGUACCGCUGGGCGAAGGAGCACAGCUCGGGCAGCCCGGUCUGUUUCUGGGGGCACUCUCUGGGCACAGGAGUGGCCACCAACGCAGCUCGCAGGCUACAGGACCAAGGAAGCCCCCCAGAUGCGGUGAUCCUUGAAGCUCCCUAUACCAACAUCCGGGAGGAGGGGGCCCACCACCCCUUCGCACAGAUCUAUAGGAUUUUUCCAGCGUUUGACUACUUCUUUCUGGACUCCAUGGCCCUCAGCAAUAUAUUCUUCCCUAACGAUGAGAACUUGAAGUCCAUGUCCAGUCCCCUGAUGAUUCUGCAUGCAAAGGAUGACCACGUGGUGCCCUUUGAAAUGAGCAGAAAGCUGUAUGAGAUUGCACUAAAGUCCCAGCACGCCCAGGAGAACGUCAAGCUGGUUUCGUUCGACAGCUCUCUUGGAUAUCGACACAACAACAUUUACAAGGACCCCAAGCUGCCAGCGCUGCUGUGGGAGUUUCUACAUCUUGUGGCAGAAUUCUGAUCACAUAUACCUUUUUAGAAAAAAUAAAUAAGACAAUUCCAUUAAUAUUGCACUGAAUGUAGACUGUUGUAAACUGGUUUUAAACAGAUUUAUAACAUAAUGAAAAGCUAAAGAAAAAAUAGAAAAAAAAUGGCAGUAAUAAAAGGAGACUCAUGCAACACAAACAUGCCCAACAGGCAAUCUCCCAUUGUUAAAUAUUGUACACAUCCAUUUUUCAUUAAAGAAAUUCCAACAGGACAGCAUAUGAAAUUCACUAAAGCUAGUGCUGUAAACCAUGCUACCAAAACUCCAGAAUACAAUCUACAGUGUUUUGGUUACCCAAAUAAACCACAGCUGUCAUAGCAUGCCAUUAAAACAUCUACAUUUUGAAGAGUGAUUAACCCAACUGUUGUCAUUGGACUUCAAUAAAAUCUUUCUUUGACCAGCUGUGAACCCUAAAUAAUAAAGGGGUGUGUGCACAAAAUAGAAACCUGCAUUGCAAAGAACAGGUUCUGGAAAAUGUGCUUUUAUUGUUCGAACAGUACAGAAAUCUUAUUCUAUCAAAUGACAAGUCUGAAAACCACAUUUUCAAAAAUUAAACAUUUUUGUACCCUCUA